ACUGUCUAUGGUCAAAAGCGCCGAUAAAUGAUCCUGCGUUGUUACCCGUCUAGUAAUUCGCUAUCGAAAAUUUAAGUAUUAUUUGUAUUUCGGAGUUUGUUUAAUUGAAACUAAUUAUAAGAUGGCGGGGAGAAGUUCAAAAAUGCUUCAGCACAUAAACUACAGGAUGAGAUGCACACUACAAGACGGAAGAAUUUUUAUCGGUACAUUCAAGGCCUUUGACAAACACAUGAAUGUCAUCCUAGGAGAUUGUGAUGAGUUCAGAAAAAUCAAGUCAAAAAACAAGGCAGCCGAGAAAGAGGAGAAGAGGACGUUGGGUUUGGUUCUACUGAGAGGCGAGACUUUAGUUACGAUGACUGUCGAAGGCCCUCCACCUCCUGAGCAAGAGGGUCUGGCUCGUGUGCCUGUUCCCGGAAGUGCAGGGGGGCCCGGGGUAGGUCGGGCUGCCGGAAGAGGUAUGCCUAUCUUGUCUGCUGGUCCCACACCUGGUUUGGCAGGUCCUGCUAGAGGCAUUGGCAUGCCCCCGUCACAAAUGAUGCAACCUCAAGCGAGAGCUGGAAUGCCCCCUGCUCCUAUGCCUGCUGGUGUUAGAGGACCGCCACCACCUGGAAUGAUGAGAGGAGGGCCACCUCCAAGACCUUACUAGAGAAUUGUAUAAGGGAGAGUUUUUGCACAAACUGUUGCAAUUUAAGAGUGCGUGAUUUUUAUUUACAAUCCCUUUGUUUGAAAAUUUUAUAUGUGUGUGAAAGACGUUUUAAUUAAUUAAUUAAUUAGUAAUUAAUAAUUAUAGUUAAUAAAACGGCCAUUUGUAAUGUUUCGGAUAUGUUGCAGAAGGUCUUUUUUUCUUUGUUUAUGAUUGGUUUUAAGGAGUUUUAAGAUCAAAUGGAGUAAUGAAGAUAUCGUGUCGUGUUUGUUAUUCUUAGUGGAGUGAUGAUGCUUAUACAAAAUUUAACAUGAAGAUGUAGUCUUGUGAAAGGUUAAUGGUUCGUGUUAUGGGUAUUCUAGAUUGAUAAAAAAAUAACUAAAAUAAAAUAACUAAAAAAUGUUUUUCAAAAUGUCCUAUACAGACAGCAAAAGUUAUUGGAUUGUGAUACAUUAAUGUAUAAAUAUGUUCAAGUACAUAUAAUGUAUAAGAUAGAUUUACCCCAAUAAUUCAUCUGUAGUUGCUACUUACUUUUUGCCGAUAUUUUUUAUGUGGUGUUUCUCAUUCUUCUUCCAUUCAGAGUAUAUAUCAGAAGUGCAAAAAAUUGCAAGUAAGUUUGGCCAAUUUUUUUCGCCUUGCUAGUUUUUGUAAAAAAAAAUGGAUGGAGAUCUGCAUUUAUUAAAA